CUUUGAGACAAUAUGACAUCCAGGAAAAAAUGCUGAAUUUUGAGGCAGAAGAGCUGGUAAACCAAGUUCUGCCACCUGUGUGACUUUAAGUCACCCAGCAGGAUGAGAACCUCAAUGUGCUGGCAACUGCUACUAUUCCUUUCUGUAUUCCCAUUCGGAGAGACUCUAGACAAGUUUGCUCCUGUUGAGAACCCUGGAUUCACAGGACAGCGUGGCCGACUCCUGGCCCACCUGAUUCCCUGGAAACGGAGGCCCCAGUGUCCCGAGAAACCAGAACAGACAGAACAGACACAGAAAAUGGCACGACUCUGCCCCUCUGAUGAGACCCCUGACCCACUGUGGCCAGGUCUGUGCCCCACUCGUAGCCGACUGAUCGCAGCACCCCAAGGAGCCUUGCUGGUGGAGCGGGAGAAAGAUCUGUCCGCCUACAAUUGGAACUCCUUCGGCCUGCGUUAUGGAAAGCGACAGACAAGAAUUGGAAAGGCUCGGGUGACUGCCUGAUAGAGACCGUGUGUGUCCCGGGAUUUAAAAUGAAUUUCAACCUAGGGACAAAGGUUUC